AUGUCAACCAAGAAGUUCCAAGCAGCCGCCGUGGGUCUCGGCCGCAUGGGCAAGCGCCACGCCCUCAACUUCCACCAAAACGUGCCCCGCGCGACCCUCGUCACCGUCUACACGUCUUACGACGAUAUGCUUGCCCACAAGGGGCUCGAGGCCGUCUUUCUGACCUCGGUGACCUCUAUCCACGCCAAACACUGCGGCUUCUCCUGCCGCGACGCCCACAAAAAGAUGCAACAAGGCCUCAUUGACCGGCCCCCCGCCAUUCUCCACAGCCAGACACGCGACGUCCUCAACCCGUCGGGCUUCUUCGCUGCCUACGCCCAGUUCUCGGGCGGCAUCUUUGUCAACUGCAGCACCCACGAUAUUGACCUCUCGCUUUGGUUCUUGGACUAG